GCGGAGCUGGAGGAUGCCAGGAGAGCCGCGGCGGACCUGCAGGACGCGGAGCACCGUCGCGCCGAGGCGGAGCUGGAGGAUUCCAGGGGAGCCGCCACGGAGCUGCGGGACUCCGCGCGGCGCGCCGAGGCGGAGCUGGAGGAGUCCAGGAGAGCCGCCGCGGAGCUGCAGGAGGCGGAGGCCGCCGGCGCCCGUGCCGCGCAGCUGGAGCUGCGGCAGGCGGUGGAGAGGCAAGCGUCGCUGCUGGCCGAGGCGCAGGCCCACCACCGCGCCGCAGCGGCGGAGGGGUCGCCGCCGCCGGGGCGGCCGUUGGCCGCCGAGGCAGCUCGGCACGAGCUCGCCGCCGCUCGUCAGGCCCUCGCAGAGCAUCAAGAGGGUGCCGACGCCGCCCAAGCCAGCGCGGUGCAAUUGCAGCAGAUGCUGGACCAGCAGAAGUCGCUGGCGUUGGAGGAGCAG